CAUAUUCACCAAACACUGAACUUACUUCAGAACUGAACCCUAUUCACAUUGAACCUUUUACCAAAAUGCAACUUCAGUUGGAUCAACAAGCUCAACUUAUCCAACAAUUGCAAACACAGAUUUAA